GGCUCUGACCACCCGGAUCUUGAACUUGACGUCCUGUUCCCCUUCCCCUCCCCAGUCAUGUCUGAGCCACAGAGAUGGGCAAGAUUGAGAACAACGAGAGGGUGAUCCUCAAUGUCGGCGGCACCCGGCACGAAACCUACCGCAGCACCCUCAAGACCCUGCCCGGGACCCGCCUGGCCUUGCUGGCCGCCUCCGAGCCCCAGGGUGACUGCCCGACCGCCGCGGGCGACCGGCCGCAGCCCUAUCUUCCUCCAGUCUCGCCGCAGCCGCGGGCGUCCCCGCUGCCCCCGGGCCCUGGAGGAGGCUGCUUCGAAGGCGGCGCGGGCAACUGCAGCCCCCGCAGCAGCGGCAGCGACCACCGGGGCGGCGGCCGCGAGUUCUUCUUCGACAGGCACCCGGGCGUCUUCGCCUAUGUGCUCAACUACUACCGCACAGGCAAGCUGCACUGCCCGGCCGACGUGUGCGGGCCGCUCUUCGAAGAGGAGCUGGCCUUCUGGGGCAUCGACGAGACCGACGUGGAGCCCUGCUGCUGGAUGACCUACCGGCAGCACCGCGACGCGGAGGAGGCGCUGGACAUCUUUGAGAGCCCCGACCUCAUCGGGGGCGAUCCGGGCGACGACGAGGACCUGGCGGCCAAGAGGCUGGGCAUAGAGGAUGCAGCGGGGCUGGGGGGCCCGGAUGGCAAGGGCGGCCGCUGGAGGAGGCUGCAGCCCCGCAUGUGGGCCCUCUUUGAGGACCCCUACUCAUCCAGAGCCGCAAGGUUUAUUGCUUUUGCUUCCUUAUUCUUCAUCCUGGUUUCAAUCACAACCUUUUGUCUGGAGACCCAUGAAGCUUUCAAUAUUAUUAGAAACAAGACAGAGCCCGUCAUCAAUGGCACAAGUGUUCUACAGUAUGAAAUCGAAACCGACCCUGCUUUGACGUACGUAGAAGGAGUAUGUGUGGUGUGGUUUACUUUUGAAUUUUUAGUCCGUAUUGUUUUCUCCCCCAAUAAACUUGAAUUCAUCAAAAAUCUCUUGAAUAUCAUUGACUUUGUGGCCAUCCUACCGUUCUACUUAGAGGUGGGACUCAGUGGGCUCUCAUCCAAAGCUGCUAAAGACGUGCUUGGCUUCCUCAGGGUGGUAAGGUUUGUGAGAAUUCUGAGAAUCUUCAAGCUCACUCGUCAUUUUGUAGGCCUGAGGGUGCUUGGACACACGCUUCGAGCUAGCACUAAUGAAUUUUUGCUGCUGAUAAUCUUCCUGGCUCUUGGAGUUUUGAUAUUUGCUACUAUGAUCUACUAUGCUGAGAGAGUAGGAGCUCAACCUAACGAUCCUUCCGCUAGUGAGCACACCCAGUUCAAAAACAUUCCCAUUGGGUUCUGGUGGGCUGUAGUGACCAUGACUACCCUGGGCUAUGGGGAUAUGUACCCCAAAACAUGGUCAGGGAUGCUAGUAGGAGCCCUGUGUGCGCUAGCCGGAGUGUUGACAAUAGCCAUGCCAGUGCCUGUGAUUGUGAACAAUUUUGGAAUGUACUACUCUUUGGCAAUGGCGAAGCAGAAACUCCCAAGAAAAAGAAAGAAGCACAUUCCUCCUGCCCCCCAGGCAGGUUCACCUUCCUUUGGCAAGACGGAGUUAAAUACGGCCUGCAACAGCACACAAAGCAACAUGUGUCUGGGCAAAGACAAUCUACUUCUGGAACAUAACAGAUCAGUUGUAUCAGGUGACGGCAGUACAGGAAGUGAACCGCCGUUAUCACCCCCAGAACGGCUCCCCAUCAGACGUUCUAGUACCAGAGACAAAAACAGAAGAGGGGAAACAUGCUUCCUACUGACAACAGGGGAUUACACGUGUGCUUCUGAUGGAGGGAUCAGGAAAGGAUAUGAAAAAUCGCGAAGCUUAAACAACAUAGCGGGCUUGGCAGGCAGUGCGCUGCGGCUGUCUCCAGUGACGUCACCGUACAACUCUCCUUGUCCUUUGAGGCGCUCGCGAUCUCCCAUCCCAUCUAUCUUGUAAAGCGAACCAUCAGUUGGCUAAAUUGUAUUAAGUGAAGUACUGUUUCCCCUGUAAUGGAAUUAAGUAAAAGUAGCAUUACUUCAGGCUCCAAUAGUAAAGUAUAACUCCUGCAUGACAUGACUAUUUGAAAAUCAGAAAUCCCACAUGGGUAGCUAAAGAAUCGUAUCCUGGCUUUAAAAAUUCACCUAAGGUAGUGCUACUCCUUCUCCAUAUUAUUUGACCUGAUCUCCUUUUGCAAUAACACGACAGGUAGUAUCAAUACUGGCCACUACACUAAUCCAUAAACAUAUCUUCAGGGAGAUAUAUUUAAAACUGUGUGCUUCCAAAUGCCAACCAUUCACUGGAUCUUCAUUCCUUGUGACUUUUCAAACCAUCCUGAAGAUAUCUGGGAUCCUGUCUUAUACUCAACAUGGCUUUGGUCACUUCCAUCUUGUCUCUGUCACCUGGGAGCAAUGGCUCAGAGUUUGGGGACCAUGGAUAACUUGAGAGAUGAACUAGCAUGGAACCAUUCUACAGAUGAAAGCAUUGGUCUACCAUUCUGCAUUUUGAAUUGUAGGAUGGGAAGGCCAAGUUUCUCCUUGAUUUAUUUUUCCUGAUCAGCUGAAAGAAAUGUUUGUUUUUAAUAGAUUAAUUUCCCAAUUGAUUUACUUUUCUUUAAGAACAAUUCUGUAUUCAAGUCAUAAAUGUCUGCGGUGGUUUGCACACAGAUAAUUGCAAAGAGGCUGUUAUUACUGAUCACACGCAAAGUGGAGCCAGAUCUGUAACUUCAUGAUGUAGGGAAGGCACAACAUGUAAGGCAAAGGUAACUUUCAGCCAGCUUUUAUUUUCACUGUUUAGCCAGAAAUGACCAUUUGAUCAGUGGCAUUUUCCCCCCUUAAUGGCAGGAUUUGUCACAAUGUUUAAUGACCGAAUAUGAACUAUUCUGAAAAACCUCAUAUCUUUUUACUCCCCUGAUUUAUUUUAAUUUUAUGAAUUUAUAUUCAAACAUUAAAGAGCAUUGGCUUUUGCAGAGGUUUUUCUGACCUGUCUUAGAUUUCGAAAUAACGGCAUUAAUCAUAUUUGCAGGAAGUGUUUGUUUAAUCAGGUGCUUUGUUCUGUAUGUUGUCUGUCUGUCUGUCUGAACUCUCUGUCUUAACUGUAUCUGCCAUAUGUCUCCACAAAGCACAGAAAUGCCUUGUUAAGGUGUUAAUGAUUUUAGUACUGGAUAUCUUUGCUUGUUUGCUUUGUGUAUAAAUCAAUGAUGCCCAGUGGACUACCUAAGCUAAUUAGUGCUGUGAACCUUUUUGAUAAGCAGGAUUUAAGGAGCAAUUUAAGCACCAUUGCACUUGGUUGCCUGCUGCAGUGUCAAUUUCUACUACCAGCAACGUGUCUUCAUCAUUACACUCUAUGGACACCCCCAGGGAGUCUUUUUCUGUCUGAAUGAAAGAAAUUCUGUUUACACAUCUCUAUGAAUGUGAUAGCAAUUGUGUGUCUGGGUGUAUUGGGCAAGAGACCGAAGAAAAAUGCCAUAAUAUAAUUAAGAAUAAAUGAUAUUCCUAAAGCAUUCCAGAUCCUAGAGCCUGUUGAGUAAUUCCUGAUUUUCAUGUGCAUUUUUUGUCACAAACACAAUUGCCAUUUUUGUCAUUGGCCACGUAACAUGUAUGACUCUGUAUCCCCAAAUUCUAGAGCAUGAUCUGCAUGUCAGAGAUCUUGUACAGCAAUGUGUUUACCCAGACAUACAUUUCUGAUAUUUAGAGAUGCAGUGAUCCUUUUGAUAACACCACAAAUAGGAAGUUAUAAUCACAUACAACUAUGGUAAAGGAAUUCAGCUACUGUCUGGUGCUGCUGUUACUGACUGCAGUGUUGUACACAAUUGUCGUGGAAUUUUUUCCGCUGAAAAGGGGGCAGUGCAUCCAGCCGUACUAAGAACUAUACCGGAAACAGACUGCUGCCGCUGAUGUGAUCAGGUUGCACUCGGAAGAGGGCCUGUGGCUUCAUAAGACAUUAAAGCCGUGACUGGAGCUCAUCCGGUACUCCCGUAUACGUGGUACACCUGUGGACUGGCUAGUGCUCCUGAAACAACUGUAAAUAUCGCGAUGUGUGCAUGGGUCCUUCAAUUUGGCUAUCUUAUACCAAAGGAAGCCAAAUUCACGGUCAACAUCUCUGAAGCUUCAAGUAAGACCUGCACCUCUGUCCAUCACUCCUUUGGGCUUGCAGUAGGUUGUGCUGCGAAUUACACAAGACAGUAAUAUUGAUGUAGUAUACGUCGGUCUUAACUUCUCUUAUUUCCAUUUUGUUAGUUGGAUACAUGAACAUUGUAUCAUUUCCUUAUAAACUACUUAUGUUCUCAUCUUGUCAGUCAUGUAAAAUUUUGGAGUCUACUUAUCAAACUGACCUAUUUUUAUUCAUAUUCUUGUUUAGUUCUGGAAUAAAUUGUUAUGACUGAAAACAGAGAAAAAAACACAAAAAUUACCAUUAUUCAUAGUUUUAAGUCUUUUUGUCAUUGUUACCUCAAUUAUAAAUACAAAAAAUAUAAAAUUCUGG